CAUUGGCAGUUGGUGCUUCUUCUUCCCUGCCACCACAUAUGAUAGUGUAAUCCAAAGUCUCUCUACUUUGUUCCUUCCCAAUUGUAUGGGGUGUGCAGAGACUGUUCUCAUGUCACAUUCUGUACCCAAGCUUCCAUGGGGCCUUCAUGGACAAUUCCAAAUGUCCAUAUGCCCAUUGUCAUGUCAUCAUUCUACAGACAAAUCAUAGGGCAAAAACUGAUUCCUAAAUGUAGUGGCUCUUACUAUCCUCCCCGGUGCACACCAAAGGACAAACUCCACCAUCGCACUCUAGCUCAAAGAAACCCCCAAAAAACCUAGCACAUUUCCUUUCCCUCUUCUGCCCCCAGACUACUUGCACACCCUGCAGGUGUAACUGGGAAUCCAACAUAUUCAUAGCAUCCUAGAACAGUAAGUAGGGCUGGAAGAGUCCUCAGGGGUCAUCUAGUCCAACCCUCUGAUGAAGGCAGGAUCACUGCUGUCUAAACUAAAAGUGUUUGUCUAACCCAGAGCUGGGCAAAAUUGUGGAUCCAGCCAGCAGCCAGACUCCAUUUCCCAGCAGCCCCUGCCUGCGUCACUCCAGCAGGGCGUGCAGCUGAGGGGAAAGGUGCUCUGGGGCCAUAGCUGAGGAAGAGCUGUAAUCUGGUGCCUGCAUGCCCUGGGAUUUGGAUUUUCCCAUAAAUUUGGAUAUUUCCAUUAGCUGCCCGAAAAGAGCCUCAUCCACCUCUUCCUGGUUUGGUGGUUUACAGCAGACACCCACCAUGACAUCACCCUUGCUUUUCCCCUCUUACCCUGACAUAGAGGCUUUCAGCACACCUGUCUCCUGCUUGUACUGCACCUCAGAAUGUAGAGGUUUGUCCCUUUUAUACAUAGAAGAACUAACUUUUUUCCCUUGCCUGUCCUUCCUGAACAAGUGAUACUUCUCCAUGGCAGUACUCCACUCCCAUGAACUAUCCAACCAAGUCUCAGUUAUCCUAAUUGCAUCACACUUCUGUGAUUGUACUAAAACUUCCUCUUCUUUCUGAUUAUCCCCCAUGCUGGUCCUUCCAUCUUUGCACCUGUGUCUUCAAGAACAUUGUCCUUGUGUCUUGCAGAACCACUGGAAAUCUGUAAACAGCAGGCAAUAAAAACACUCUUAAAAUAUCAACCUUGCAGUGACCACUUCUAAAGUGGAUGUUGGAUGGUUGGCAAUGGGAUGGAGAUCAGUGUGAAAAACAACCUUGCAACAAUGGAACCUGUCUGGAUGCUAUUGGAGGGUUCAACUGCAUUUGUAACAAAGGCUGGGAGGGACUUCUGUGCCAGCAUGAGGUUCUAUACACCAACUGCUCCAUCUGUAAUGGAGGAUGUGAACAUUACUGUAAGGAGGAUCCUGGCAACCAGCGCCGCUAUUGCAGCUGUGCUUUGGGGUAUAAGCUAAUGGAGGACUAUUCUCGGUGUUUGCCUGAUGUGGAGUUCCCUUGUGGAAAGGUGAAAGUAAAUGUGGAAUCCAAAAAAGAUAUCCAGAUUCGACUCGUUAAUGGGAAAACUGGAAGGAAAGGAGAUAGCCCCUGGCAGGUUAUGUUGUCAGAUGGCAAGGGAAAAUUUAAGUGCGGGGGAGUCCUUAUCCAUGCAGCCUGGGUCCUAACAGCAGCGCAUUGUGUUGAGGAUGAAGGGAGGUACAAAGUAAAACUCGGUAAAUAUCACCGUCUGAGGGAUGAGGAAACAGAGCAAAUAAUUUUGGUUGACAAGGUAGUGAUACAUGAAAACUAUACCAAGGUUGACUCUGAUAAUGAUAUAGCCAUGCUGCACCUAGCUAAGCCCAUGGUCUUUAACAAAAAUGCACUACCUAUUUGUCUUCCUACGAAGGAACUGGCAGAGCAGGAGCUGACCAGAAGUGGGAAGCAGAUGGUGGUGACUGGCUGGGGCAGCAAAACUGAAAAGACCAUGAAUUUUUCUAAGGUUCUCAAUUACAUUGAAAUCCCCUUGGUUCCACGUAAUGAGUGUGUCCAAGUUAUGCGACAUGAUAUCUCAGAGAAUAUGCUGUGUGCAGGGACCAUUGGAGACCAGCAGGAUGCCUGUGGUGGGGACAGUGGAGGUCCCAUGAUCACAACGUUCAAGAAUACCUCAUUCCUAGUGGGACUGGUGAGCUGGGGAGAAGGCUGUGGGAAACCAGAGAAGUUUGGAGUUUACACCAAAGUCAGCCAAUACCUUCAAUGGAUCCAAAGGCAAAUGAAAGCAUCAGAAAAUACAUCUAACAACUGAUUCUUAUUAAAAUGAAUCUGGACUGCGUGGGUCAAGUGCCAGCAACGGCACACAGAGCAACGUACUGUUGUGUCUUCUGGAAUUACAUCUAUAAUGUAUAAAGCAAGAAUAUUUCAGUUA